AUGCUCUCCAAAUUCUUCAUCGCUGUCCUGAUGGCGCUGCUCUCCCUCGUCCUCGCCGCCCCAGCCCAUCAUGAUGAUCCCGCCAUCGUAACCUACAUGCGCGAUGGAUUUGUCAAUGCGCUGAGUAGGGACGAGGUUGGCAUCCUGAUCAUACCGUCCUUUAACACUCGGCCACUAAGUGGAGACGGUGCGAGAGUGAGUCUCAUUGCUGCGCAAUUCCGCGACAACGCGACCUGUCAAGCUUGCAAGAUCAGGCAUGGCGUGGCAUAUGCAUUAAUUCAGCUCUUCGCCUACGCCCUCAAACCCGACUGGAACCCCUCGAACGAAACCAUCUGGCCGGACGACUUCAACAUCGAAACCCGAUCCAUCCAAUGCGAAGCUCCCUUCCACCAAGACGUGAAGCAGACCUUCAACAUCACCCUGCCGGCCCUCCCCACCGACGACCCUCGCCUCGUCGCCCCAACCCUUGACCUGACGCCAGGCCAUACGUGCACGCAUUUCUUAGAACGGAAGAACAGGAAUUAUGAUCAUUUGCAUUUGUGGUAUGGUGGGGAGCUUUCCUUCGAUGUGCCGGAGGAGAUUCGGAAGUUUGAUGCGCUUCUCAAGGUGCGGAGGACGCCGUUGGGCGAGGCGCAUGAUGCGGGGAGGUGCAGGUCUGUUGAGGGUAAGGGUGUUAGUUGUUGGGUGCCGAAGAGUGGGAAGGAGGCUUGGUAG